AUGGUGGCGACGGGGCUGUGGGUCGUCAUGGCUGACGAAGUGGACGACGAUAAUGUUGUAUUGAAACUGCCAAACCCCGAUCCCAAAAAGGAUGUACAAUCGCUUCAACUUCGCUUGUUCAAGGCAUGCUGUGGUCUGGACCGUGGGGCGGCAGCGGGUGACAGUGAGCGAAGGACUGUGUUCGAUGUAGUCAACAGUCUUGAAGACCUCAUCACAGAUGGACGAGAGUUCGAAGAGGACGGACUCUGGAGGCUGAUUUUUUCUUCGGCCUUGUCAGCUGGGAGUGGUAGUGGAGGAGGAGCAGGAAGGAAUUCUCUCCCAAUCUUCCAGACUCCUGAUACUGCCAGACUCUCCCUGGGUCCGGGAUCCACAGUCGGACAGGUGUACCAGAGGGUGCAGAGGAGGAAGAAGAGCCUUGACAACAUCGUUGAGUUUGUGUUCCGUGCGCCACUCGUUUCUGCUCUGCAGAUCAAGACUGUCUUGAAUCUCAACCACAGACUUGAAUCCGAGGGCAACAACAAGCACAAGAUCAUUCUACGGAAUGUCACGGCAAGAGCAGCUCGUCUGCAGGAGGAGCAGGGAGGGACUGACGGGCUCCACCACGUCAGGGAGCUGGCGUGUUUGAGACGACGUACUGUGACGACAUGCUACGAAUCACUCGCGGCGAUAGAGGGGAGCUGA